UCCUAGACAAGAAAAAAUAUCGAUCAAUCACUUUAAUUUAGGGUAUACAACAAAAAAUGGAUUGGCAGUACAAUGGGGAACAAAGCGCUAAUAAGCUCUUGACGAAUUCGACUACCUUUCUAAAACAACCUUUCCAUAUUCUUACACUCACCCUCCUCAGUUUAUUGCUUCCCCUCUCAUUCCUCAUCCUGUCCAGGCUAUCUUGCGCCAACUAUAUCUUCAGCUUAAGCUUCCCCACUCUCAUCAUUCCUCCUCCCGAGCCCUCCAACUACUAUUCAUCAUGCAUCUUCUAUCUCUUCCUCUACGCUACCCCUUCUCUUCUCUAUCUUCUUGUUUCCGUUGUCACCGUGGCUGCCUUUAUCCACUGCAUAACAGGAAAAAUCACCAUCAUAACUGAGUUUCCGAGUCCCAUUUUCCAUCCCCGUUUAUACCCUGCUUGGAUCUUCCUAUGUACAAUGCAAGUCUGCGUCGGUUUGGGAAUUGAAGGUAGCAUCGUCGCCGUGGAGGUAGUAGAUGGGCGCGCUACUUUCGGCGGUGUUGUUGAUGAGAAAAUAUGUUUGUUGAGCAGAGCAAUAUUUUUCCUAGGGUUGCAUGAGACCAUGCUUCAUUGGUGUAGGGUUGUGGUGAAGCCGGUGGUGGAUGACACGGUUUUCGGUGGCGCUAGAGAGGAAAAGUGGGUUGAGAGGUUGGCAAUAGCUGCCAGCUUUGGUUGUUUGUGGUGGUGGAGGUUGAGGGAUGAGGUUGAGUCUUUGGCUGUUGUGGCUAAAGCCAAAAGAGAGCUGGCAAUGGGCUUAGGAGUGGCUGACUUUGUUGGUUGGUCGCUGUAUUACCUCACUGUGACUAUUGGUAUGGUUAGGUUGGUAAAAGGUCUUAUGUGGCUUUCCAUGGUUUUGUUAUGUAGGAGAGAAGCCAACUUAGGUAACAAUUGUGGAGAAGAUCAUGAUCGUCAAGACAACAAGGUCUAA